AUCAGUAGUUUGACUUUAGUGUUUGGAGUUGUACUUGGGCGUACAAUCGAAACGCAUUACGGGACGACGGCGUGCGCGCGUAUCAAUAUACGAGUACGCCCGUGACCGCGGUAUCAUAGCGGCUCAUCGACGCGGCGUCUCUCCGGCGGCGAAACCGCGCGCGGUUACCGCAGUCGCUCACUGCGCGGUUACCGCAGUCGCUCACUGCGGCAGGCGGGCAAUAUUCACGUCCUAUAGCGUCCGCCGACCCGACGAGACCAAGUCGCCGUCAUAUUUACCGUUUUCGGUGUAAAAUUGAUUGUAAGAUCGGUGGUCGCGGAGAAGCGGAUUCGCGCACCCGCGCUCGCUGCAGGGCUGCUGAUAAAGAAGAUGGCAGCCGAGGAAAACGGUCUGCUGUACAACAAGGCUCGAUCGGCGUCCAUAUGCGCGUUCGGAUUCCCACCCGGUAGCACCGAACACCUGAUGGCCUGCGCUAAAGCGGCCGCGUCCACACCUCCACCACACAGGCACAUCGGCGGUGCGGCCGCUAUAGCGGCCGCCGAGGACAACAAGCGCCGUCGGCCGGCUGUUCGGUCGCAGAGCGCCCGUACCAGUGGCGGCCGGUCUAUCCGGAAAAAGGCGUUGGUGGCCGCGGCCGUGGGCGCCCAACACGGACAGUAUUUUAGCGACAGCAGGUCGAGCGUUCGCAGUGGUUACAGUGAUCCGAGACUCCACGAGUCUUCGCCUCAAGAUGGAACGGCGUUCAAACGGAAACCAUCUUCCAGGAAAGUCAACUCAAACCACAGGAAAUCCGGAGCGUUCUUAGACGUGCCGCCGGGUGAAAACAAAAAACUCGCAGAACCCGAAGAUCCUGAAAACUCGUACAGACUUAGGUCGUUUAGUUUCACAUCAAAAGGUAUCGUCAAUAGAGGCGAUUCGUUCAGGAAACGCAGGUCGAGGAGCAACAGCCUGGCCCGAGAAGACGACCCUAAGGAAUGCACGCCACCGAUCCCGUACGACAAUAAUAGCCAACAGCAGCAGGUGCAACAACAGCAAGUUCAUUAUCAGCAUCACCAGCAACACCAUCAAAACGAAAGCGGCGACGAAAUCGUUUCGUACACAGUAUCCCUUAUGGGAUCAAGAGGAGUGGGAAAGACCACUCUCAUAAGUCAGUUUAUGACUUCAGAAUACAUUAAUGCCUAUGAGAAGCAAAGAGACAACUACGAAUCGUCAAUGCAAUCGGUGUGCAUAAUGUUAAACGGCGAGGAAUCUGAAUUGAGAUUUAUAAAUGACGGAGAAAUUUUGACGAAGGAAGAUCGAAUGACUGGGAGCAAACCCGCAGACGCGUACUUAGUAAUCUUCUCAGUGGUGGACAAAAACAGUUUUGAAAUGGCCGAGACGAUACUGAAAAAUCUCCGGGAACACGAAAUGUCACGACCGAGACCAGUCAUAUUGGUCGGCAACAAAGUCGACAUGGCCAGAAGCAGAGAAGUGGCGGCCCAGGAGGGUAGAUAUUUAGCGUGUACGUGCAGGGCCAAGUACAUCGAAGUGUCGGUCGGCAUCAAUCAUAACGUCGACGAGCUGCUGGUGGGUAUCCUCACGCAGAUCAGACUCAAGAGGGCCGACGGUGGCGUGGGACACGACCAUUGGUACAAAAACCGGAACAUCCUAAAAGCCAGUCUCAAAGCUAGACAGAUGCUCACGUGGGUGUUUGGCAAAGAGGACACGAAAAUGAAAAACUGUGAAAAUCUCCAAGUCCUCUAGCCAGUGUGUCAAAAAAUAUACUAUAAUAAUAUGCGUAUUUAUAUAAAUAUAAUUUCAUUUUUUAAUUCGUGGUUUUA